CUGUGCCUUGGCCUGGGGGCCAAUCUGCGACCCACCGUCCGGCGAGAGGCACCUAGAGUGCCGGGCGUGGCGCCACCGCGCGACCGUGACGUCAGGCGCGGGCCGGCGCGCCAUUGGCCGGCGGGCAUGUGGCGCGCUCUGGCGCGAGCAGGGGCGAUUGGAAGGGCGGUGUUGGGGGGCGCGGCUCGCGCGAGGGGCGGGCCCUGCAUUGGGGGGCGGGGCCUGCGAGAGAAAAGCGCUGCUGAGCGGAGUCCCUGCGACGCCGGGCCGCUGAGGUCUCCAGGACUGCGCGCGCGUUCGCCCACGAUGCCCGAGAUAAACACGGACCAUCUGGACGCGCAGCAGGUGCAGCUGCUGGCGGAGAUGUGCAUCCUCAUCGACGAGAACGACCGCAGGAUCGGGGCGGAGACCAAGAAGAACUGUCACCUGAACGAGAACAUCAAGAAAGGAUUAUUGCACCGGGCUUUUAGUGUCUUCCUGUUCAACACUGAAAAUAAACUUCUGCUCCAACAACGAUCAGAUGCCAAAAUUACUUUUCCAGGUUGUUUCAGUAAUGCUUGUUGCAGCCAUCCACUAAGCACUCCAGGAGAGCUUGAAGAAAAUGACGCGAUUGGAGUGAGAAGAGCAGCACAGAGGCGUUUAAAGGCUGAACUGGGCAUUCCUCUGGAAGAGGUUCCUCCAGAAGAAAUCAAUUAUCUGACACGAAUUUACUAUAAGGCUCAGUCGGAUGGUAUCUGGGGAGAACAUGAAAUUGAUUACAUCUUGUUGAUGAAGAAGGAUGUAACCCUGAAUCCAGAUCCCAAUGAGAUUAAAAGCCACUGUUAUGUUUCACAGGAAGAACUAAAGGAACUUCUGAGAAAGGCAGCCAGGGGUGAAGUUAAGGUGACUCCGUGGUUUCAGAUGAUUGCAGAUAGGUUUCUCUUUCACUGGUGGGAUAACUUAAAUCACUGGAAUCAGUUUGUUGAUCACGAGAAAAUACAUAGAAUGUAAACGCGGAGAGGAACGCGUGUAAAGUACCGACGAUUCCUCUACUGAAAGCUGAAGAUGAAUUUCUUAAAAAUUUGGUUCCCCAUUGGAACUCAUUGGAAACACUGAUAUUUCACAACCAGAAUUUGUGUGGAAAAGAAUUCUUAAUUCUGUAUCCUACACCCCGUGUAUGUAAACUGCUGUUUGCCAAAAACAUUUCUGAGAGAUGUUUGUAAAAAAGAGAGCAAAUAAACUUAAUUGAGCCUAUCUAAAUAGCAGGGUCAUGACAAAUUUGAAUAAGUGAAGCUCUUCAUUUUUGAGAUAUGUUAUAAACAUUUUCAGAAGAUUGGUAGAGCCUUUAGACAUUUGCCAGCUACUUGACAUAGCUUUAAAUUUUUUUAUGGGCCAAAAUCAUGCAUAAUGGAACCUUUUUGCUUCACCGCUUCGAAGUGGUUCACAGUACUUUUCACAUUAAGAGAUGACUGCUCAUACAGCAGAGCAGGUUCAGAGGCAUGGAAUGGUAUAUAUACAUCCUGACUUCUGCCAUUGUAGCUGAAUUCCGUGGUGUAAUCAUUCUGGACGCAUUGAUGGCUUCUGGUAAACACGGGUUAGGUUAAGUCAUUACAACAGCCUUUGCCCAUUGGGAUUGGCAAGCCUGUGUUCAGGAUUCCUGUGGGCAGACAGACUGUGUGGAACAUGGAGCUUGGGGAGUUCCCGUCGUGGCGCAAUGGUUAGCGAAUCCGACUAGGAAGCCUGAGGUGGUGGAUUCCAGCCCUGGCCUUGCUCAGCGGGUUAAGCAUCUGGCGUUGCCGUGACCUGUGGUGUAGGUCGCAGACACAGCUUGGAUCCCUGGAUCCCGAAUUGCUGUGGCUCUGGCGUAGGCCAGAGGCUACAGCUCCGAUUAGACCCCUAGCCUGGGAACCUCCAUAUGCAGCGGGAGCGGCCCUAGAAAAGGCAAAUAGACAAAAAAAAAAAAAAAGGAAAAUAAAAAAAAUAAAAUGGAGCUUGGGCCGUGUGGGGGCUGCACUUGGGCUGGAGGAAGCCUGGCAGUGGGGAUGCUGGGCCUGGGAGAGCUUUGUCGGGCUCCAUGCUGUGAACUGUAGGACAGCAGCCUCCCUGAGAUGUACCCCUAAUGCCACUGGCCCCCGCCCCACGCGGCCGUGACACCGGAUGCCAAGUGUGUCCUGGAGGACAGUGUCACUGACAGUUACAACCACUGUCCAACAGUCAGGCCGCACUGCACGGGGAAAUUAACCAAAAAAACGGACUAACGUUCACGGUAAAUAGAUCUGGAUUCUGGAACGUGUGUACCUUCAUACUUAAGCUGCACCUUGACUAAUGCACUUUUUAAACCCCUGCCAUACAUUUCUCAGAUUUGAAAUCUUUUUUUUUUUUUUUGUCUUUUUGUUGCUAUUUCUUGGGCCGCUCCCGCGGCAUAGGGAGGUUCCCAGGCUAGGGGUUGAAUCGGAGCUGUAGCCACUGGCCUACGCCAGAGCCACAGCAACGCGGGAUCCGAGCCGCGUCUGCAACCUACACCACAGCUUACGGCAACACCGGAUCGUUAACCCACUGAGCAAGGGCAGGGACCGAACCCACAACCUCAUGGUUCCUAGUCGGAUUCGCUAACCACUGCGCCACGACGGGAACUCCUCAGAUUUGAAAUCUUAAAACAGCUUUACUGUCCCUGAAUGCUAUGUAAUAAGUAACGCAAACGAUAAAACUUUUCUUACAAAGCUAAAUGUUUUAUAAAUUCAAUAGAAAAAUCCCU